AUGGUUCGUGAAGUCAAAACAACAGAAGGACCAUGCGUGAGGUUCGCACCAAAGUUCGAAGAACUUGCCGAAGAGCACCCAAAUUUGGUUUUCCUUAAGGUAAACGUGGACACAUUACAAGAGUUGGCACAAAAAUACGGAGUUACCAGCAUACCAGCGUUUAAAAUAUUCAAAUCAGGACAAGUAGUAGGCGAAUUCGUAGGAGCCAACAAAAUUUCUCUAAAGUAA